GGCAACAUCGCACCACGGACCAACUGGGGCAAGAUGGUGACCAUCCUGUACGCCAUCGUGGGCAUCCCGCUUAUGCUGCUCUACCUGACCAACAUCGGCGACAUCCUGGCCAAGGCCUUCCGCUACGUGUACGGCAAGCUGUGCACCUGCAGGCCGGCCCAGCACCCGCAGCGCCGCCGCCGGCAGCCGCUGCCACUGCACAACCACCUACAGCGCAACGCGGCCGUCGAAAACUACCGCGUCCACCACAUCGUCGGCCACAACUCGGUGGACCUGCAGGACGGCAAGCUCCGGGACGACCCCGUGCGCGUGGAGAGCCUCGCCGACGACGACGUGUACGAGGGCGGCGCCAAGCCCCGCGUUUCGGUGCCAAUCACCCUCUGCUUCGUCAUCAUGAUCGGUUACAUCUCGGGCGGAGCUGUCAUCUUCAGCCUCUGGGAAGGCUGGGAGUUCCUCGACGGCUCCUACUUCUGCUUCGUCACGCUCAGCACCAUUGGCUUCGGAGACCUGGUGCCAGGGGACACCGUGGUCUCGGACAGCGGGUCCCAGGAGAAGCUGGUCAUCUGCUCGCUCUACCUGCUUGUCGGCAUGGCCUUGAUCGCCAUGUGCUUCAACCUCAUGCAGGAGGAGGUCAUCUACAAAGUGCGGAACUGCGGCAAGCGCAUCGGUAUCAUCAAGGACGCCGACGACGACGAAAACUUUUCUUGAGGCUCGGCGCACGCGUCGCCUUCGGUGGAACUGUGCGUGUGUGUGCUCUUCCUUCUUUUUUUUUAAGAUGAAUGUUGGGGGUAUGCCCCGUGGGACGGUGCUAAUCCCGCGAGAGCGGCUCACGUAUACAUAACUUGAUGCUAUACAUCUCCG